UGCUGAGUAAGUAAAGAUGUUCAGAGGCCGUUUUCUUAUCAAAACUCUAAACAAAUUAAAACAAAAAUGACAUUCCAGCGAUUGAUACUGGUUGAUAACAAAAGUAGAUGACGAUCUACAGACCGCGUAUACUGUGUGAUAUUUAGGUAGUUAUUGUUACGUAAAAAAAAGUAAUUAAAAUGAACAUUGCUAAAUCAAUAAACAGAAAACUUGUGAAAACUAUAACUCAACGUAGUCUUAGUACAGUAGCACCGCAAGUUCGAAUUUACGAGGUGGGCCCGAGGGAUGGCUUGCAAAAUGAAUCUAAAUUCGUUCCUACAGAUAUCAAAAUAGAACUCAUAAAUAAAAUAGCUGCGGCUGGAAUAAAAGAUAUUGAAUCAGCCAGUUUCGUGAGUCCAAAAUGGGUGAAACAAAUGAGCGAUGGUGUCGAUGUCAUGAAGAACCUUCCGAGAGCCCCUGGAGUAAACUACCCAGUACUAGUACCAAAUUUGAAGGGAUAUGACACUGCUCGACAAUGCAAUGUAGAAGAGGUCGCAAUAUUCCCAGCAGGCUCUGAGGGGUUCUCACAGAAGAAUCUGAACUGUUCCGUAGAAGAAGGGUUAAAGAGGUUCAAACUAGUCGCCGAUCAGGCUGUGAAGGACGGCCUUAGGGUUCGAGGCUACGUGUCCUGCGUCGUGGGUUGUCCUUAUGACGGACCGAUACAUCCGAAAGGCAUUGCCAAGAUAACAGAACAGCUUUUUGAGAUGGGGUGCUAUGAGGUCUCCUUGGGGGACACCAUAGGCGUGGGCACUGCGGGCUCCGUCCAGCGCCUGAUGCGUGAAGUUCUGACGGUCGCUAAGCCUGAACAACUGGCUCUCCACUUCCACGACACAUAUGGACAGGCUUUGUCGAACCUUCUGGCUGGAUUAGAGUAUGGAAUUAAAACCGUGGACUCGUCUAUCUCGGGGCUGGGCGGGUGUCCGUACGCGCGCGGUGCAAGCGGCAACCUCGCCACGGAGGACCUGGUGUACUUCCUGUACGGGCUGGGCGUCAACACGCACGUAGACCUCGUCAAGCUCAUGGAGGCGGGCCGCUACAUCUCCAACUACCUCGGCAAACCCACCGAGUCGAAAGUCAACCGUGCACUUGGCGAUAGGUUCAAAAAUCACAAUGAUAUCGCUAAAAUGGCCUCGUGCGAUGUUUGACCAUGAAUAAUUAUAAUCAGUGCAAAUGUAAACAUUCUUAAAUUGAAAACAAAGACUGGAGCUUCUGUACAUACUUAAUAAUGUUAUUUUCUUUGUUUAUAUAAGAGUCAAGAAAUGCUAUUUAUGUGCAAUAAAUAAUAUAUUUUAAUAUAC